AGACAGCUCUGAUAAUUUUUCUCCUUUUAAUAAUACAUGGCAUGAAUGACAUGUGAUUGUUAUUUAUUCACUUCAUGUUUUUUUCUAAUUUAUUUUUUGGGGUCUGUCUUUAUAAAAUAUGCUAAACAAAUUAGGUUUACAGCUACCACUACUUGAUGAACAAAUCUAAUCAUUGGCAGAAUAUAUUUAGGCUCUACAAAGUCUUAAAAUGCAUUGAUGUAGGACAUCUCAGUUUCAAAGAAUCACAAGAGCACAGCAUCUGUCACAGAAUGCCUACCCUGUUUAUAACCCAGCUAAGCUCCAAUCAAAGCACUGUAGCUCUGAGAAGACAGAAGUCAGCGGAAGCCUAAUUUGUUUGGUAUAUUGAAUUAGGAUGACUUCAGUUUACCACCAAAACACACUUCUCAUGCCUUUUAUAAGGCUUAAAUGUCCAAAAAGCGAAACAAUAUUUUAAAAAAUCCAUAGAUGAGUGCAAUAUUUAAAAGACAGAAUAAAAAUGCAACCACUGAUCUCUUCUGAUUCAUAUUAAUAACCACAACCACAAAUUAUACAGGCUUUCCACUUGAUCUCAGGGUUACUGUGUAAAUGGAAUCAUGUUUCAAUAUUAUUAUGAGUAGUCAGAGUCCACAGAAAAUAAAAAAAUAACUUUGUAUGUGUCACAUCGCAGGUAGACAACACCUCUUGAGCAUUGUUCUUUUUGUUACACAUUAAAAAAGGUGUGGAAUGCGCACGCUGUACUACUGAAACUGCCUACAACAGACUCUAUGACCUUGCCAUUACCCCUGGAAGUCUUUCAGUGAGAACACACACACGCACCACUCUUCAGUGAGGAAGCAAGAGCCGGUUGCCAUGGUAACUGUCGUGUCAGCUAACCUACUUUUGCAUGAAGGAAAGUCAUUGGCGGCUGAGAGAGAGGUGUAUGGUAUAGGUUUAUGGUAAAGAUCCACCCAUUUACACAUAUACACUCACACGCGUCCACACAUAUACGCACAGUAAAUGUUUAUUAUAUUUUUAUACCUAAAGCAAACAAGAUUUAAUCUUCCUUCAGUUUAGUCCGAUGAAAUUAGAACUGAUAAAGAUGAAGAUAACAUAGGAUUCUGUGAAACUUUGGUGAACUAGAUUUGUGCAGAAGUAAACAGCUGUAAGAAAAGCAGCAGGAGGAAUGUGAAUAUAAAUGAAGCUGAAGUGAGGUCAGCACAAAUCAGGUUUAUUUUCAUGGCUCAUCACGGCAAGAAUUUCCCAGAGGACAAUAUCCAAUUGCAAAAUAACUACACUGCAGUAAUAAAAACAAUAAGUUAUUUAUUUAUUUUAAGAAUAAAGUGAAACAUUGCAGCGCACUAUGCAGUAAAAUUGAAUACAGAGCACAAAAUACACGAAGAAAUCACUCACAAGGCUGACUGUAACUUAUUUUGCAAAGCACUGAGCAAUCUGCCAUUUUCAGACGCUCAUUCCUUGGGAAAUGUAAAGAAAAUUCAAAUAAACCCAACACAAAUGUACAUAUAAUUUACCUUACAUGCAAUGCACUAUUGUACUAACUGAUUACAUGAAAAAUAACACUUUUUUUUGCAUAAUCUUUUAGCUCAUCAUUACAGUAUCUAAUAGAGAGCAUUAACAUGCAAAACAACAGCAUGUGCACUGCAGCAGAGAAGCACGUGGAGUGCAUGUGUGUUCAUGCUUUGCAACAUUGUUAGACUCUGUAAUUUCUCUGAGAGUUGACUAGCCCCUUAUAUUAGCAGAAAGCUAGUUAUCAUUCUUAAUUGACACGUGUGCUGGUUAAACAGCAUCCAGCUUUUGUCUAUUAUUGACAGCAGUGCAUCCUACAGGGAGCCCUGACGAUCCUGCUUAAAUGGAUUGAGGGGAUUUUCAUCCAAUAAUCAUUUAUGUUCACUUCUCUCUGUAGUUCCCCUCUAAUUCUGAAUCAUUGGCUGUGAAGAAUUGUGUUAAGCAGAUGAAAGACACUGGGCAUAAGACAGGAGUGAGUAUGAUAACGAGAGGGGAGGGAGACAGGAUGAAUUUUGGUUCACUGCCAGCACUCGUGGGCUGCUGCACUAGUGAGGUAUUGAGAAUCAGGGCUUGAUAACAACAACAUACAUGUGUUUUAGCAGCUGAGUUGCAUUGGAUUGCUCCGUGGCUAUAGACAUACAAAUACACCUUAGGAAAUGGGAGGCCUCUGUAGAUAAAUGGCAAGUGGAGCUCUGUGUCACAGAGAAUUUUUUUUAAAUAACCCCAUUACUGGCAUAAAAAACAAGCCCUUGAUUUCAGUCUUUUUCUAGUUAGCUGUAGAAGCUUCUUUUCCAGCUCCUUUAAUAUAGCCUUUACUGUGCUGUGCAGUUUUUAUCUGUUUAGCUCUACACCAUUCAUUACCAAACACAUGGACUCCAGUAAGAGUGCUUUUUUAAAUCAGUAUGCUUCAUUACAUUAUUUUAACUGUGCUUCUCUGCUCUGAAAUCUUCUUCAGUGUUUAAAACUUUGUACAGAAUGCGUAAGUGUAUUUUAACAGCCCGAUACUGUCAUAAAAAUGAACAAAAAAUCUGCAAUACUGUGUCACAAACAGACACACUCACACACACACAUACACUCCUUAUUUCUUAUUGUAUCCCUAAGCUGUACACCCUCUUCUUUUCAUCGUGGGUGGUAAAGAGUGGGUUCACCCUGCAACCAGGAAGGCGUCACUUUAGUCACACAGACAUAGACACUCGCAAACACACAAAUGAGCACAGACACACACAGUGGUCUUAAUCACUCCCUGCCUCUCCUGAAUGUGAGAGCAGAGCAAGUCUGAACAGGUGGACGAGCUGAGAAAGACUAUGGCUGAGAAACAGACCACAUGGUCAUGUUAUCGUCACUUCGCAGAGAGUUUAAUUGACUUGUACAGAAAUUUGCUGUGGAUUUGUCUUGGUGACAUUAACAAUACUAGCCAAACUUAACUUAAACAUAACUUUAAACUAAAGCCAGUGUACUGAUUUAGCUUACAUGAUGUAGAUUUGUAAUGCGAUUUGGCUAAUGAGUAAUACAUGGACCCCCCCAACACACACGCACACAUACAUACACACAUUUCCUUGUCCUUUGUCUAGUUUGUGCUCAUUAUAUAGCAUAUGCCAGGAAUAGGUCAGUGGAAAUGUUACAGAUUUCUUUCCCUGUAUCUUUAAAUAAAGGUCAUGUCAUUUCAUAGGAAAUGGCAUUGUAAUCAUCUUACCAUGUUUCUAAUGUAGCGCUGUCAAAAAUGUUAUCUGUAAAUAGAAUCCUGGAAUUAUUCAGUGACAUUCCCUUUUACAAUUUGCAAUGAAACUAAUGAUAAUGAGGUUUUGCAUUAGAACCAUCUAUUGAUACCAUUCAUUUUUCACUUGCUUAUCCAGUUGGCUGCAGCCUAUCCCAGCUAUCAUAGGGCGAAAGUCAGGGUAUACCCUGGACAGGUCGCCAGUGUAUUGCAAGGCUAACACGGAGAGUCGGAAAACAAGCAUAAGAAGAACAUGCAAAGUCCACAAAGAAAGGCUCUGGGUGGCUGGUGGAUUUGAACCCAGGACCUUCUCAUUGCGCUAACCAAGUAGUUUAUAAUGAGGCAAUUAGCUGCCCAUUGUCAUAUGAGCUAGGCUCUGUAUGUCCCCAGCCUGAAUGAGCCUGAAUUUGAUAAGCCGUUAAAAGGAUGGGUGGAUCGUAACCACGGUUCUUAAAGUGUUGUCCGUAGAAUAAUUGCCACUUCUGAACAAAUGUGCAAGCACAGCAAGGAAAGAAGGCACUACUAUGUAAUUAAUCCAAAGUUCGUGUCAUACUAUAACUACUGAGCGACCAUCACUCCUGUUUUAAAUAAUCUAUUCUACCUAUGAUAGCAGACCACACUUUCCUUAUAUUAAAAAUGAUUAAUAAUGCGUGAUGUAUACGUUAUUCCCCUGCGCCCCAGUUGUACAUUGCCUCCGUAAAUUGACACUGAGUCACGAAAACUUUGAGAAUCUCUGACUAAUUGAUUUAAAUUAAAAAGUCACAGGAAACGACCGCCAGGCGUCGCCACAAACCACCCUUUCCCAUUCCCUCAACCAUCAGCUGGAUGUUGUUACUGAGGUAAUCAAAAUGAUGUCUUCUCCUGUCAGGUAGGCAUCACACAAAAAGAUAGCAUAGAGACUGAGAUCAAGCCCGCGCCCUGUUGGUCGCAUUUGAACAGAAAGGGGAACAAAAUCGAGAAAAAGCGUCCAGGAAUCAACUUUUGUAUCUCUGGAUGCUGCGAGCUGUGAGGAUUUGGAGAAUCAAAAACUAGGAAUGAAUUGUUUAUGACAGGUAUAAGAAGGUGAGAUGGCAAAGAACCUUUCGGCCUUUCAAGGAGCGAUACCAGCUUCCUUCUUAACCAUUUGGAGUGAAGGUGUGAGGAGUGAGAGAGCGGGCUGCUGGUAAUUACCGAGGGGGGCUGUGGAGCCGCCUGCAUGCCUGUGGUGGUUCUGAGGUGUAAGGUCUCUCUCUCUCUCCCUCUCGCGCUCUCUCAGUCUUUAUCAAUCUGUCUUUGGUGCGUGAGCGCGCACCGCAAUUGUGAUCGGCGCGCGGAUGAUGAUGAUGAGAGCGUGACCUCACCGCUUUCCGCACAGCUGCUGGAGAGCGGGGGAGACACACGGAGAGCCGAGCGAACAACAUAAACACGCCGAGGGAGACAGCGAGAGAGAGGCGCGGAACAGCGGAGAACAUUCACAACUCAGCGGGGAACCGCUCGGCACGAGGGAACACCGUCGUCGUAGGGCGUCCGUGGACUGCUUCCCAGUCAGUCCGCCUCCCAGAAUGUUCUGUGCCCCCGGUUCUUUUCUACGGUACACGAAACAGUCGCCGCGGCGUCCCCACGGACACUGAAGCCCAGAUGCUCACCCUCUCCGCCGACAUGGACGAGUCCUCGUCACUGCUGGAUCUGCUGGAGUGUUCGGUGUGCCUGGAGCGCCUGGACACCACGGCUAAGGUGCUACCGUGCCAGCACACCUUCUGCCGCCGCUGCCUGGAGAACAUUGUCAGCUCCCGGAACGAGCUCCGCUGCCCGGAGUGCCGCAUCCUGGUGGACUGCGGGGUGGACGACCUGCCCGCUAACAUCCUCCUGGUUCGCCUCCUGGAUGGUAUCAAGCAGCGGCCCCAGCGAGGAAGCGGAGGAGGAGGGGGAGUAGGAGCGGGAGGCAGGCAGUCCCUAGCCGGGGGCUCGCUGCAGGGGUACGCAGCCGGGAUAUCCGCCUCUCCUCCGGGCACAGCGAUCAGGGAGCUUCCCGUGGCCACCAGGAGCUCUCCUGUUAAGAAUAUCCCAGCGCUACCUUGCGGCAAAGCCCUCUAUUCUUAUGAGGGCAAGGAACCAGGCGACCUCCAGUUUUCCAAAGGUGACAUCAUCAUCCUGCGACGCAAGGUGGAUGACAACUGGUACCACGGCGAGCUCAAUGGUUGUCAUGGUUUCUUGCCUGCUAGUUACAUCCAGCUGCUGCGUCCCCUGAGCCAAACUCCACCCCAGGGCAAAGCAUUGUAUGACUUUGAGGUCAAAGACAAGGACCAGGAUAAAGACUGUCUGGCCUUCAGCAAGGAUGAGGUGCUGACAGUAAUCAGGCGAGUAGAUGAGAACUGGGCAGAAGGCAUGCUGGGAGACAAGAUUGGCAUCUUCCCAAUUCUUUAUGUGGAGUUAAAUGAAACAGCCAAGCAGUUGAUGGAGAUUGACAAACCUAUACCAGCUAAUGCACCGGGUCCGAGUUCUGAGCCGGCCCCGUUGGGCCCCUGCUCUUCCGGGCCCUCCCCAAGCGCGUCCCCGUCUAAUGGAAACGGCUUUGGCCAUCGGAGAGGCGAAGGAAAGAAGAACGCCAAGAAGCGCCAUUCGUUUACCGCUCUAUCCGUUAGCCAGAGGGCUGCCCAGCUCAACAACAGACACAGCAUGGAGAUCUCCCACCCAGUCCUCAUCAGCUCCUCUGACCCCAGAGCGGCUGCACGCAUCCAGGAUGCAUCUCCCCCAGGUCCCUCUCCCUCCUCGGCAGGGGUGCUGGUGCCCCCCAAAGUGGCAUCCAUAACCUCUGAGCUGCUGGCCCAUGCCAAGGUUCAGCUCCCACUCAACAUAUACCUGGCAUUAUAUGCCUACAAACCCCAGAAGGCUGACGAGCUGGAGCUUAGAAAAGGGGAGAUGUAUCGGGUGACAGAGAAGUGUCAAGACGGAUGGUUCAAAGGCACGUCACUGAGAACUGCUGCCUCUGGCGUCUUCCCGGGAAACUAUGUCACUCCUGUGUCCAGGGCUCCAUUUGGAGUUGGUGCUACUCGGAGCUCGUGUUUGUCCAGCCCAGGAGGAGGAAGUGGCUGCAGUCAGGUGGCAAGUAAAAUCUUAGACCCCUCGUCUCCAGGAUCCCCGGGGCCCUCUUCGUCCCGUCCUGGCACCCCACUGGUAAACUCAGCCAACGCUGUUAACAGCAUCAGUCCCGCCUCUUCGCCACAAACUGCUGCCGCCCAGCUGAAAAACUGCCUGCGCUCCAGCCAGCAUACCAACCAAGCACGCACCUCAAUGCAGCUGGUCCACAGUCCCUCUGCUGCAAGCCCGGAACGCCCCACGGUGGCCAUAUCUCCCCUUCGUUCUCAGAGCUCCUCCCCGUCGCGCUGCCCUGGCCAAUCGGGUCGUCCUCUCUCCAUGGUGUCUCCGGGACCCAGCUUAGGGCCCUCGCCCCUCUCUUCCCCGGCUUCGCGCCCCAUCCUCCCCCUCUCCUCCCCUCUCUCCUGCCUCACGCCUCCGAACGUGUCCGCGGUGCUCCUCAACGGAGAGUCAGCCAGUCCACUGCAACCGCCAUCGCCGGGCCCCUCACACACCACAGCCCAAGGCGUCCUCGCGCCCAAAGCAGAGAAGAAGGAGAGGAAAGCAGGAGGUUUAUUAAAACUCUUAUCGGGCGCCGCAGCAAAGAAGAAACCUCGCUCACCCCCAUCCUCCCCACCCACCCAUGACCCCACUGGUCAAGGCGCCGUGGCUACCGACCCCGUGCACCACCAUCACCACCACGCCCGCUCAGGUUCCUGUCCGAUGGCGUCGCAAGGACGAGCCGGUUCCUGUCCAAUCGAGAGCGACAUGGCGGGGGCAAUUGGGCUGGAGCCUCUGCACAGAAAGUCCGGUUCCCUGGAUACCAACUUCCCCAUGUCACCCCCGGCAACACGUGCUGGCAAUGCUCUGAUGGUCCUCCGACCUGAACCCAAACCCCUGUCCAGAGAGAGGCAGGUAUCGUGUGGUGGUUCCGUACCCACCCCAGAGCGAGGCAGAGAUCGAGCUGCGGGAGGGAGACGUGGUGUUCGUCCAUAAGAAGAGGGACGACGGCUGGUACAAAGGCACUCUGCAGAGGACGGGUCAGACCGGCCUGUUUCCAGGCAGCUUUGUCGAGAGCUUCUGAACUGCAAAAAGUGGACGAAUGAAUGCACACAUUGUUCCUGUUACUGAGUCAUAAAACACAUGAACACACACACAAAAUCCAAGGUUGGGCUGAUAUUAGGUUCCCCAGAUUUAUCUUUGUUUUAUUGGAUUAAAGCUCAACAAGGCCUUAAGAGGCGGCUAACCUUGAAAACAAAGGAGAUUUUUUUGUUAUUUAUAUUUGCCAAGUAAUCUGUUUAGAAUUAAAAUGUUUUUGAUUCUCUUGGAAAAUAUAAUUCAGAAUGAGAAUACUUUAUUAAUCCAUAAAAAAAUUAUAUUAUUAAUUAUUAAUUAUUGGUGUUGGCUAUAGUAAUCCAUAUCAGUCCAACUUAUCUACACACACAAACACAUAUACACACUGAUAAUGUACAAGAAAGCUCGUCCCUGCCUCGACCAGCUCAGCCACACAGGAAGCAGGGCAGCUUUUCCCAUUAUCCGCCCAGUGUUGGGUCAGAGGGGCUCCAUCAGACUCGGUUUCCAGACCCGUGAUGUUGACUACUGAAGGCACGCAGACUGAAAGAGCACAGAAAGACGAACCCUGCCUCCUAAUUCUCCUCCUCGGCAUCAUCCACCAGCAAACACUAGCUCAAAAAAGCAUUAGCUUUGCUUUUCCUCUGAGACCUCAGAACUUAAAUUCGGGUGCUUUCUUUGUCUGAGAAGUGAGAACAUACAGCCAGGUGAUGAGGAAGCACAUAAGCCUACACUCCAGAAUCAUUGUAAGCACAUCUCUGUGUCGAAUCUACGACCAGUAUGUUUCUUUUCAACCCGAUAUAUUAUUUGUUAACGAUGCAUGUAGCAUUAUCACAUUUUUAAAAAAUGUUGAAAUAGAUAUUUUAUGUUGCCGUGCUGUCUGUCACAGGAUUUGUAAUUUAAAAGCCAGUGUCACAGAAAGUCUAAAUUAGGUCAUUCUUUUUUCUAUUUCUAUAUCAUAACAUAAUGGUGAACCGCUUAUUUUUAUUCAAGUUUUUUUUUAUUACAUCUGAUUUAAACAGACCCCAUCAGUUGGAUUAAGCUGAAUUGUUGAAUGUAAAAAGGAACACAAAGUCACACCAAAACUCCUUUAAAGAAUUCAUUUGUAUUUAUAAUGCUGUUUUUGAACUUCUGUAUGAGUUUAGAAACAAAAGAAAUGCACUUGGUAAUAUUUGAUACAACCUUCCAGAAUAUCUACAUUUACAGUAUUUUACUAAUGUACAGUAUUUACUUGACAAAGGGGAUUUCCACUGCUGCUUGUGACAUACUUGUUUUAAGCGCAAAUAUGAUUUUUCUUUAAGAAAGCACAAAUUUCUUUGGUGGGGCGAAAUGACUAAAACAUUUUUUUCAGAUGUCAGCUUGAAAUGUAAAAAAAACAAAGUUUCCAUUAUUGACAGUUCUCAUCAAAUAAGUACAAAGAUUGCGAAGAGUAUUUCCUCUUCCUCAGCGUUUUCCUCGACAGUUUUUUAUCUAUUCUGAGACAACGUUGCCAAACCAAAACUGCACAGACUCGAUGCUCGUGAAAGAAUAGCUGAGAGGGGAAACUCAGAGGACACAAACUUUCAUCAUGCAACUGCCAGAAUUGACUUUGUUACUCAGAUCGUGUCAAAUAAUUUUGUUCUGCUUUAGUGAAAGUGUAGUCUGUCUGCUUCUGUGAUUCUUUCGUAUCCAGAGUUUAGAUGCAGGCUUGCCUGGUUUACGUUCUGCCACAACCACCUACCUGUUUUUCUGCUUGUGGAGACAAAAGCACAGCAACACUCAGAGCCUGACUCACUCGCUGUGUGUGCGGCGGUACAUCAGAGAGAAAGAGGCGGUCAAAGAGCACAGGUACAGGGCACGAGGCACUUCCUCACCUAUUUUUUUAAACGAGGCAGAGUUAAACACACAGGCGAGGGUUGUUCAUUGGCUGACUGCUUAGAUUUCUAAUUGGCUCUAACCUGAUCCUAAGCACAGAGCCUUUAUGGCUUAAGCACUGUUGAGUCUCCUUCCUACAUCCAUGUUAUGUGGGAAGAAAAAUACACUGCUCACAAAAAAAUUCAUUCAUCAAGGGAACAUUUGAUCAUCACAGUACAGACUAAAGUAAAUAAAAUAUCAGGGACGUCAUGCUGUACAGUUAGGAAGCACAAACCAUUGUGAAUCAGUUUCACUUGCUUUGGUUCAGGUUCACACUGAGCACAUGUGAAAGAUGUGAAAGAGCAUGAAGAUGCCGUAGCAAACUUUAUGAUGCCACCAAGAGCUGACAUGCCGAUUCUGGUGUAGUCUGCUGAUGCCAGUCAGAGAUGUGCUGGGAGACACAGCAGAGGGAUAUACUACAAAGUUCAACAAAGCCAGGCUUUCUUUGCUUUAGCUUAUUCCAUAAAACCCAAACAAUUACAGAGCUCUGAAACUUUCAAAUAGAUACAAUUAAACAUCAAAGUUACAUAUCAGUUUUAAGCCAUCCUUGCUAAAUUGUGUCAAAGUGUCAUGAUGGAUGAUCACGUACAGACAUGCCAUAACGUUGAGUCUGCUCAUCUGGAUGGAAAUUGCUUUAGUUUGUCAGCAGAACAAAGUAAAAGUAAUUUUAUUGAUUGGUGUGUGUUCUGCGCUCGUUAGCUGCAGUUCCAGAAGUCUAAAAGAGAGUUAAGAGCAGAUUCGUGUGAAGUAUAACAACAUUUAUAGAUUUUCUGCAUCACCAAAUGAAUAAAUGUAUCAUGCCAAUGCCCAGUUUGCACUGCUGAACCUUUAACGCUCUGAUUCAUUCAUGAUGUUAACAGCUUGCGCACGUAAUACAUAUUCACCCUGCAGACAAUUUACAUUCCGCUUAAAACAUGCUGUAAAUAAAAGAAUCAGCAAGAAAGUGGAGCUCCCGGUCAAUUUUAAACCAAAACUCUGAACAUAACCUGACCCUGACCACUUUAUGUGAUCAGCACAAGUUACCACGGUGAUUUAGUCAGAAGACACAGAAAACUCCCUUUGUAGUAUAACCUGCUAGUAUCGUCACAUGCUGCCAGUAGUGAGAAGGACACUAGACAGAAUAAAAACUACUGAAAAAUGAGUGAGGAGGAAUGAGGAGAGAGGAAUGGUCUGUGGCCACCACCUUUAAAUCCUUUAAUAAUUCCUGUAAUUCCCUUUGUGGUGGGCUGUCUUGCUGUCACUUUCAUGUGCACCACAAUGGUUCCUCGUGCUUCCUACCUGCACAGAUUGAUGUCCCUGAAGUCGAACUGACAUUGUGCUAUAUUUUGUUGAUCAAAUGAGCAGUGUAGAUACAAAAAGGUAUCUACACUGCUCUGAGAAUCUUUAUUUAUAGAGCACUUUUUUGAACAUGCAUACAAUUUUAGCAAAUAUAAAGAACAUCCACAAGAUAAAUGGCACAAAACUUGUCGCAUUUUGGUCUUUUUUUUUUCUUCCUCAGAGAGGAAACUCUACAAACUCUAGAGGACAAAAUGUUUGGAAACUACUGUCACGUGUUUUCCACAAAUUAUCAGACCGAAUGAUCAAAUCUGAGACCUUCCAGCGAAAUCAGUGGAUACUUGAAGAAAAAAGCACAUAACAUAAACAGAUGCUAAAUCAGACUACAACGUCGAAUUCGCUAGAAACCAUUUUUUCCCCUCCCGGAUACUUUUGAUGCUGUGACAUAUUGUGCUUUCUGAACAUUAGGCAUAUAAUUUUGAAAAACAAGCAAAAUAAAUAUACUGGACUCUAAAUUAAAGUUUUUUCCAACACAUACAGACUAGGGCUAGGCUGUUUUCCGUUAACAUUACUUAUAUGAAGAAACUCGCUUCAAUUCUUAACACGUUUAAUGUUUAACUGGUCGAUUUUGUCUAUGUGAUGUUAUUUUAUACAAGUGUACCAGACUAUGAUCUUUGUAUGUGUUUCAGUGGGGCGUUUGGGGUCAGUCGAUUAAAAGUGCCAGUUUAUUUACCUUGAAAAAAACAAAAGGGAAAGUAAAUGCCAAAUUUUUUGAUAUUGUGAUGGGAAACUUCAAUCUGAACAUAUCUACAUUGGCCUUCAAAACCUGUCAGUCAAACCCCAGUGCCUACAAAUGUCAAUACACACGCAAACACAAGUAUACACUCUUACUUUUCCUUCUAGGUAGAUCAGUGCCCCCUUUCCCUCUUUGUUUUGUUUGUAUCAGUGUGAUAAGUUUGCUGGUUGCUUUUCAAUCCGCACAAAGACGGAAAACCAGCGGAUCCCAGAACAGUUUCCGAAGAAACACUGAGCAAAGUUUGGAUCUGUUUGGAUGCCCGCUAAACUGAGGACUUUAAUUUCUAUAGAGUCAAACUUAAGCACAAGUCGUUGUUUGCCCGGUUUGUUCUUUUUUUU